UGUCACAUCUGCAUCUUCCUGAGAACAUGAGGUUGAUCGUUGCUGUAUGUCUCUGCCUCUUGGUAGUGGUAGAGAACUUAGUGGUGGGGUUAUCAACGCAGGAAGAUCAAGAACAGACAACCAUCACGCCAGUACUAGAUGAUCCAACAAAUAGUAAUGAAGAAUCAACAAACGAAAGUUUGGAAGACCUGAUGCCCACUGUAGAAGCUGAGUAUGAGACAGAAACCAGCAUGCCAGUGACUGAAGACAGUGAAGAACACUUGCUGCCCAACACUGAAGAUGUUGAUGAGACAGAAACCAACAAACCAGCAGUAUUGGAAAAUGAAAGGUUGGUGGAUGAUGGCGAGGAAGUGGAGAUGCCUAUCAGACACGUUGUUGGUGAGACAGACACCGGAGGAUCAGGAGUGGAUGCAGAGGAUACAACAGACGACACCCUUGAAAUCACAGUUCCCAUUAGACAUGGUGAGAAUGAAACAGAAUCUAAGGAACCAGUAAGUGAAGAUUUGGAACAAGAUUAUGAUAAAGACGCAGCUCCUGUCAGACAUGUUGAGAACGAAGGGGAUGACGCGCUGUAUGAGUACGGAGAGUUGCAGCACGAUUAUGACUACGAAAAUAUGACACCAGAAGAAAGAAUAAAACUUCGAAAAAAAUGUAAGCCUCGCCACCCAUGCAAGGAUCUCGGUGGGAAGUGCAGAAGACGAAAAGCUGGCUGCGGUGCGGGCAAUUUCAUAUACGAGAGCACUCAUAAUGUAAAGUACUGUAAUAAGAGGUCGUGUGUCUGCUGUGUACCCGUGGUGAGAUGCAAAGCCAAUAAUAAAUGUUCGAGGCAGAAUGGCAAAUGCAUAUGGGAGGGUGAACGGUGCGCUGGCAAAGUGAAGAAGGGCAAGGCAUUCUGCGGUGGGAAAGACUGUGUUUGCUGCAUACCCAAGAAACCACAACCAAUCUCCUGCUUGACGAAGUACGCUUGCCACGACUUGAAGGGAACUUGCAUCAAUCUUUGGAAGGAAACUUGCGAUACUAAAAUCCUGACUGGAAACCAGUUCUGCAAGGGGAAGGACUGUGGCUGCUGCCUCUCUACCAUGCCCGUCACUACUGGUAAAUCCUCAAGACUGCUGCAUGUUUUAACCACAUGAACGUGCGCCUUUCCUCGCAGCGCUUAUUUCGUUCUUCCAGUAUCAUGGUUUUGGCUCCGCUGAAAACCACAACUGCAGCUGAAUGUUCUAUUUGUUAAGUUUUUCUGAUAAUAAGUUUUAUGUUUGUUAGACAAACAUUGAGAACCAUCUAAAGUCCACUUUUAUAUUUAAUCUCUAAGGCGCUCAGGUAGGCAUGGUUGAUGUUGUUGUUGUUGGUUGCCACCCGAGAGGGGUGGUUGAGCCUUGCAUUCCAAGAUACUCAUUACACAUACAGACUGACGCGGAUGGCGGACAAUGGUAUACUGGGAAUUGUGACCUGUCGUCCCAAACUUCACUACUCUUUCCGCAAACUGCGCAUAAAUUUUUAUUCAUUGUACUACAUGCUACUGAAAUUGAACUUCCAUCCCACAGAACAAUGCUUAGCUGGUUCAGGGAGUCCAGGAAUGUCUUCAUCGUUCAUGCUCUCUGAUUUUGAUUAGCAGGUGUUAACUAAUAUUUAUAUUUGAAGGCAGCCUUUUCAGUGCUGACAUGCGCCGAAAACUUCCCUGCCACACCAUCAUCGUUCUCUCUUCUAAAUGUUUCACUAAUUAGUAUCAGUUAUGCAGGCAAUGACAGGUUUGCUUUAGAAGUACGGUGAUGUGUGCAUGCUGAUUCAUUGUUCGAGAAUGCGUCCUGCAGCAACAGUAUGUCCUCAAUAGUUCGUGUCCUUGUCCAGGAGCAGCUUCUCGUCACACAUUGUUGUGUUAUAUGCAGGUGAGUUUCCGGCUUCCUUCACAGGUGUAAGUGUGUGUAUAUGUAUGUGUGACACAGACACAGACACUGACACACACACACACACACACACACACACACACACACACUGAAUGUGCACCCGAACUCAUAGUAAUUUGCUACAGCUUACCCUUGCUUUACACUAUUUUCUUAGAAAUAUAUUGGUAUUUGAGGUUUGUAAAACGUACACUAUUAUAUACUCGAGAAGUUCAUCUUUACUGUACUGUAGUUUAUUAACUAUACUACAGUACCUAUACUGCAUGAUUAUACUUAAUCUUAGGUAUAGCUACUACAUUGUAUGAUUCUUGUUACAUAACCAUUUUACUUUUUUUUUUUUUGCGCAGAUAAGUUGCUGGAAGGAGUUAAUUAACACCGUAGCUGUAUUUCAUAGAAAUUUGUGGAUGUGGAUGAUAACUGGAAAUGUAUAACAAAAACAACAACAACAAUUACAACAAUCAGUAGAACGCUUAGAUAGGCAAUAAACGCGCGCAUUACACUCCCAACGUAGGAUAAUGACGAAGAGCGUCUAGCAGCUUCUGCUGAUGAGUUUUACUACUUACUUAUACGUUACUUCAAAACUAGACUUACUCUAUAUCAGCCUUCAGUCAAUACGAGACAUUUGAAGCUGGUAGUUUUGUAGGGUUGCCACACAGGUUAAGACGCCACUUGCCUCGGUACUAAUCUAUAUCUACAUGUCUUUCCUAGCUGGCGAUGCCUUCUCUACAAGGAGACGCCAAUUAUGACCAGGAGAAAACUUUACUGGCGGAGAACCUGCUAAUAUGUCGAGGGAAAUAAGAUAAAAAUGAGUGAAGAUAGUGUGGCCUCAGGCAGCUCCGCUCAUCAACGACCAUCACUAUGCGGAAACUUUACCAUUUCUGAUGAGUGAUAUGUAAAUGAUGUUGAAAGAGUCCGUGGUUCAUUUAAUAAUGUAAAUUUCAGUUAUUUUUUUCUUUGCCCUCUGAUCCUGCCACGUUACGGCCCGCUUCUAAAUGCCUUUAAUUCACUGGCGAGGAAAGGUUCAUGAAGGAAGGUAACCAGACAAACGCAGUCGUGACUUGCGUAUGUGUACUGGACGUGCCUUUGUGGCUAUUUCAGUCCAAUCUGAGCCACACACGAUCAUGCUUUAGUAGUGACACAGUGGAUUCAGUAAAACUAUAUGUAAAACAAAUGAAUAAAUUGGAGGAGGAUAGAGGUAGUUGAAACGAGAAUAUUGCAAUGGAUAAAUGGGAUGGCAACAGGGUCAGUAAUGCAAGGAUUAGAGGAACGGUGAAGAUAUCGUCAGUGUCGAAGACAUAAAAGGAGAGACUUAGAAGGUAUACGGGAUUGUCAUGAAGAGCGACGAACGAAGUGAUGAGAAAAGCACACUGGAGACGGAACGAAAGUGCAGGAAAGAGGAGGAUCCAAGACAAAAUAUAGAUUGCAUAGCAGCAGAUACUAGAAAGAAGAGACUGAAUACUAACAUGGAAGGCGAUAGACACUUGUAGAAGCUGUUCAUCAGACACAGCGACUCCAAAUAAAGACCAGAUAAUAAAGGUGACUAAGAAAAUAUAUGGCACAUCUACGCCUCCGUGACUGAGACCAGAGAGCACGCUGGCACUGUUUUCAGGGGGGGACCAGCCUCGCCGAUGCAAUGCGCCUCUAAGGCACGCGAUGCUUAUUUAUGUGAGAACCAAUCGCCACAAAGGUCGUUUUACAACAUAAUGUAAAGGCGGCGUCACAUUAGCACUUUUUCCGUCGUCUCAGGCGAUUUCCGUCGUCUUUUUACUCUUCCGUCAACUCUCCGUCGUCUUGAGUCAGACGGAACGCAUCGUUUUCGUCUA